AUGUCUCUCCUAAGUGAAGACUCCGUUAUUGGAGGUGAAGAAAGCAAUUUGUCGUCAGCAGAGAGCAUUGAGUCGACUGCUUUGGGGAAUAAUGAGACCAUGGACGCGGAUAACAUUGCAGAAACCUCACAACCACCUGCUGGAACUACAGAAACUCCCAGAACUGUGAGAACGCUAAGCGACGACACACGACAUAUCCAAGUUGAGCCGAAAGAUGUCAUUGAGUAUGAAUGGCCUUUGAAAUCAGGAGAAAAAUGGUUCUUGCAGGAACAAAUUGGAGAAUUGCUAGAUAUUAAAUCAUUCUCGCGAAAAUUCCCAGAUCUCACAAGACGAAAGGUAGAGAAGUUAGAACGAGAUUGGCUAUUGGAUACAUAUAAUAUUAAUGAUAUAAUGAAUGAAACACAACUGCGGGAUCUCUGUGCGAUGCGAGCUAUUGAAAUACAUGAUUUGAUGGGGAGUGAAUAUCCAGCUAUUCAUCAGGAAUACCAACGUGUCAUGGCAGAACGUUUAAAGGCUUCAAUGGUCGCUCAAGCCAAAGAAAUGGAAGCUAUAGCUAAUGAUUCAAAAAGACUAGCAGAACUCAGAGUCAAAGCAAUGAAAAGUGCUUCCGACUAUAAUCACGAACUACAAGCUACCAAAGCCAUUGAACGAAGACAUUAUUGGGAUAUCCAAACUAACAUAAUACAAUCAAGCAGUAAUCGCUGGAAGAAACUUCCUGCCAAAUAUACAAGACCGGGUCCUUACCCUGUAGCUGUUAUUUUAGGCCAAUUUCAAAAUUAUUAUAAAAAGUUCACUCCGGAAGAAAUGAGAAAGCUUCCUUUAGGCACUGCAGUGAACUCUGAUGAUUUUUAUCCAGUUUAUAGAGAACCUUCACCGCAACCUAUCACCGUAACCGAGAGGGAGAUCGAAAAGUUCGAAAAAGUUGCUGCUGCUAGUUCGCCGAUUAAGAUAGAAACUCCUCGGAAUGAGUAUGCAAGGAAGUCUGUUCGGUCGUCGAGACGUGUAACGUAUGCAGACGAUGAUGAUGACUUCUAA